AUUGAGUCUGCGCUAACAUAAAAGGAGGAGGUUCCCGAACAGACUCCUUUAUUUAUUUCUUUGUUUCCAGUGGGGGAAAAAAUAAUAACAGCGACAUAUACUGCAGGCACUUCAUUUAUUGUCUUUGUCCGUACACAUACACAAGAAAACUGGAUAAGAUUACAGUGGUUACUCGAAGGCCAAAGCCAAGGGGAGGAGGAUGAAGCGGCGCAAUGCGGACUGCAGCAAACUCCGACGGCCGUUAAAACGGAACCGAAUCACCGAGGGUAUAUACGGCAGUACCUUUCUCUACCUGAAGUUCCUGGUGGUGUGGGCACUGGUGCUACUGGCAGACUUUGUUCUUGAGUUCAGAUUUGAGUACCUCUGGCCAUUCUGGCUCUUCAUCCGGAGUGUGUACGACUCCUUUAGAUACCAGGGGCUGGCCUUCUCAGUAUUCUUCGUGUGUGUGGCGUUUACCUCGGACAUCAUUUGCCUCCUCUUCAUCCCUGUGCAAUGGCUGUUCUUUGCUGCCAGUACCUAUGUGUGGGUGCAGUAUGUUUGGCACACAGAGAGGGGGGUUUGUCUACCCACCGUGUCUCUAUGGAUACUCUUUGUUUACAUAGAGGCAGCCAUCAGAUUCAAAGACCUGAAGAACUUCCAUGUGGACUUAUGUCGUCCUUUUGCUGCACACUGCAUUGGCUACCCUGUGGUCACACUGGGCUUUGGCUUUAAGAGCUAUGUAAGCUAUAAGAUGCGCCUCCGGAAGCAGAAAGAGGUGCAGAAGGAGAAUGAGUUUUACAUGCAGCUCCUACAGCAGGCUCUGCCUCCAGAGCAACAGAUGCUUCAAAGGCAAGAGCGAGAAGCAGAAGAAGCACCAGUCGCAGCAGCAGGUAAAGGAAUAUCUGAAGUAGACACACCGCCCGUGUCACAGAAUGGCGGCCCAGCCAAUAAAAAGACAUCGGCGCCACUACCAGAGCUAGAGUAUAGAGGGAAAGAGGGACGAGGUGGCGGGGAGGCUAAAAAGCAACACAACACCAACAACAUCCUCCCAUCAUCAGUGGACUCUAAACUCCAUGAGAUGGAGUAUAUGGAGAACCAUAUGAACAACAAGAGACUGACCACAGACCAGGGCAGCACAGAGAACCUGUUGCUUAAAGAGGACAACAAUUCCUCCUGUUCCUCCUCAUCAUCCUCAUCCUCCAAAAAUUACAAAAACGCUGGCAGCAAUGCUGCAACCAUCAACUCCUCGCCCCGUGGCCACAGCGCCACCAACGGCAGCGUGCCCACACCUGCAUCAUCCUCCUCUUCCACGGGGAAGAAUGAGAAGAAGCACAAGUUACCAGUGGGGAAAGGGACAUCAGGUGGGUCCCACAAGGAUCCCACAGAUAACUGUAUUCCCAACAACCAGCUGAGCAAACCUGAAGCACUUGUUAGACUGGAGCAAGAUGUUAAAAAGCUGAAGGCAGACCUGCAGGCCAGCCGGCAGGUGGAGCAGGACCUACGCAGCCAGAUAGGCUCGUUGGGCAGCGCUGAGCGCUCCAUACGCACUGAACUGGGCCAGCUGCGCCAGGAGAAUGAGCUUUUACAGAACAAGCUCCAUACUGCUGUGCAGGCAAAGCAAAAGGACAAACAGGCAGUGGGCCAACUGGAGAAGAGGCUCAAGGCAGAGCAGGAGGCACGAACUACUGCCGAGAAGCAGCUCGCAGACGAAAAGAAGCGAAAGAAGUUAGAGGAGGCCACAGCAGCCAGAGCAGUAGCACUAGCAGCAGCAUCCAGAGGGGAGUGCACAGACACGCUGCGGCGGCGGAUCACUGAAUUAGAAACAGAAUGUAAGAAAUUAACAAUGGAUAUUAAGCUAAAGGAGGACCAGAUCCGAGAGCUUGAAGUAAAAGUGCAGGAGCUUCAUAAAUACAAGGAAAAUGAAAAAGACACAGAGGUGCUAAUGUCAGCCCUGUCAGCAAUGCAAGACAAAACCCAGCACCUGGAGAACAGCCUGAGCGCAGAGACCAGGAUUAAACUGGACCUCUUCUCUGCACUCGGAGACGCCAAGAGACAGCUGGAGAUUGCACAAGGUCAGAUCCUGCAGAAGGACCAGGAGAUCAAAGACCUGAAGCAGAAGAUAGCCGAAGUGAUGGCCGUCAUGCCCAGCAUCUCCUACACAGCCGACACCAGCAGCAUGACCCCCGUGACCCCUCACUACUCCUCAAAGUUCAUGGACACCAAUCCCUCCGGCCUCGACCCCAACGCCUCCGUUUACCAGCCACUCAAAAAGUGAACGCUUCACCCUGCUUCUCCCGCCCCUCCAUCCAUCUUCCCAACAUUUUUUUUUUUUAGUUUUCCUGCUGGCCCACCACCUUUCGGCUGAGAACUUUGUUUUUUUUUUUUUUUUUUCUUGGUUUUUGUUCUCUCCUUGCCAGGUCAGAAGGAUGUUGUAUUGUGUGACUGUAUUUGUUGUAGUUAAAACAAAAGACAAAAAAAACUUCAAAUGGACAUCCCAUCUCAACUAGGAAGGCCCAGGUUUUUUUUUUCUCUUAAGUGUUUAGUGAAACCUCACAGAAUCGGGUAUGUAUCUUCAUCUCAAAGGUGUUGCGCUCACUUUUGUCAACACCGCAACCAAUUACCAGCUCUUUGGUCCUGGGGGGGGGUAGCUGCUGUAUAUUUUAGGUUGAUUAUUCCCUCCUCAAUUUGGAAAGAGAGUUCUCAUUUCUCCAUCAGCCUGACCUGUAAUCCGGUUGAUUUAAACCGAUUUGUCGUUCUCCUGAGAAAUUAUGUCAACAUCUGCACAACCAGCUGAAUGUAGUGCAAAGAUGGCACAGUUCCGUUUAAUUUAUUCUUUUAAUUCACAAUCAGGCACCAAAUUAUCCCUGCUCCCAGCUGCUUUGGGGUGUGGCGGUUAAUAGUUUUUAAAGUGUAUUGUGUGGUUCUGUUUUGUUCACUUUAAAUUUCAUGUGUUGGUUUCAACAAGCUGGAAGCGUUGAUUGCAACGAGGUGGAAAGGAACUUGGGUCGGAGGCAGAAACUUCAGAUUCGGUGAACCCAAGCGGUUGCAAAUGUUGAGCAUUAGUGACGACGUUUUGGUUCACCCGACACUCGGACCUGCUUGUAUUUUCUGAAAGAGUGUUGAGUGACUGUGUACAUCUCCUCAGUGCUCUGCAGAAUCUUUCAUCAGCUGUCAUGAUCACAGUGCCUUGAGUUGAGAACAUAGAGUGAGUUUGAUAAUGAAAUCCCACCCGCACUUUCUUAAUUAGUUGUGAAACAUCUGGCUAAGCUGGAAAGGAUAAGAAUUUGACCCCAGCCAGUGGAGUGGGAUAAGUUUUUUUUUUUUUUUUUUUUUUCUGUUUGGGACUGCCUACUGAUUUCGCCACUGACUGGGAAGCUGCUCCCUCAUUAUACAAGUAAAAUUUACUAGAUACACGGGACGGCGACAAAUUACAGAGUUUUAAUUGAUUCUAUUUGCAUAAUGUGUCAGUUUCUUGACAUGAUGGUAGCCACCACUUAGCAUAGAGCUCAUCACAAGUCCUAACUGAGGCUCGUCUCCGCUGCAGUUAAACCCCAAAUCCUUUGGUUUAACUGCUGUGCCCUAUUUUCUUGAUUUCAUCAAAAACUAUUCGAAAGGGAACACUGUAAAGAUGGUGCGGUGCAAUGUAAACAAAGCGUUGAAAAUGGCGACUUUAAUGUUGCCGUCGAAAUAAUUUAAUUAAUCUUCCACUUCAGUUCGUGUGCCAAGACUGGAACGCCUGUUUCUCUAGUAAUGUGUUCAAGAAUGUACUGCAAAUCUUCUAACAUCCAGCUGAGUACCACGCCAUGAGAGUUUCUGUUAAGAAGGUAGAGGAAGUGGUCACCUGUUCGUAGUAGACCGUGUUGUUAAAAGUAAGGGACUAGAAAGUCAAAUUUCUUUUCGUGAAUGUGUAUUUGCAACAUUGGGCAAGUGACCGUUUUCAAAGUGUUUCCCUGCCUCCUGUUUCUGGUUUUACUAUUCUGUUGCUGCAGGGAGAAAAUUGCUUGACUCUGGUUUGUUUUUGUUUUUUUGUUUUCCCCCCACACUCAGCUCACUGUCAUCAGCUUCAUGAAGAUGUGAAAAUAACAGUUUAGUCGGUUGUUUGAUCAACUGAUUGUUGAAAGUAUAGAGAAGUGUUUUGUUUGUUUUUUGUUUUCUAUGCCCACAGUCACUGUUCUGUUUUUCCCCAGGUCUGACCUUGGCUGCGCUCUCGCUCUGUGAGGUUUACAAGGAAUAAACAUUUUUUUUUUCUUGCAAA